CUCUUUUUCCUGUCUGUACUUUUUCUUUGAAAACCUGCUGGGCCAUGCUGGGAUACACUGUGAGAGGAUUUCCAGACCAGUAUCCUAGAGAGUGGAGAUUACAGGACAUCUCAUAAUUUGCAUUUUGGAUACAGUGGAGACUGGAAUAUUGGUGGGGACCCUUGUGCUACCAGGAUGCUUCUGUGUGCAGUUCUUGUGUGCCAGCAACUGGGUUUAGAAGUCCAGUCUGUGUCUCAGCAGCAAAAGGCUCACAGGAGAUGGAGCUGCUUGUCCCAGGGAUGCCCAUCUUUGUGUCACUGCCUUGCUUUUGCCAGAAGGAUUUCCUUCCUUUGCAGUCAUUCAUCUCUUGAAGCAGAACUUGUCUACUUGCUUUGAGUUUCCUCUUAUUUCAUGAGCACUUAAUACAUUCUCCUUCCAGGAUGCCAAGCAAAUUUAAAUUAUGCCCAUUUGGCUUGCAAGGAUGACUCGAUCCAAUAGAUUUUCUCUUAUUCCAUUAGACCAUUUCACCCCCUGCCCUUUUCCUUUUCCUUGACUGAAAGCUUCUGAACCCAUCUUGCAGUUUUCAGUCCAUCACUUUCUUUGUCUCUGUGUGACAUCCUGCUCUCUGUGAAGGUGCUAAGCACUAGGAAUGCCAUCCCUCAGAUCCAUACCCUCCAGGCUGGUGAAUCUGACCCUGACCUGACUCCACAUAAAGAGAAUUUCUGCCCUUUUAUUGGCUGCUCUCCCUCUAACGGACCCAGUUACUUUCAGCAUCACUUUGGCUGCAUACAUCACGAAGUUCCUGGGUAUGAGAUCAUCUAAUGAUGACAAUAAAUGUGUAAAAGAGGACUGCUGUUUUAGUGUAGGUGUAAGUGAUGAACUUUUUUUGGCUCUUAAGGUUGUGGUGGAACAAGCCGUGGAAGUCUAGAGAAACCAUUGCCCGGGGCCAGGGAGGAGGAUGAAGCUGCAGAGGAGAUUCUGUGAUGAAGAGAGACCACUGGGCUGUAAAUCCCAGGCUGGGAGAGUGACAGAACAGGCCCUUCCCAGCAUCCCCACAGCUCCUCACUGCACACUGCAGGGCUGAUGCUCUUUGCAGUGUGGGCUGGAGGGGUUAACACGAUACCCCGAGCUACUCCAAAGCAGUCUGUUCCUCCCAAACUGAAGAAACUGAAAAGCCCAAACGUUCAUGUGGGUGAGAAGAUUUCCCUGAAAUGUGAGGCGACUGCUGGAAACCCUCAGCCAUCCUACAAAUGGUUUAAAGAUGGGAAAGAGCUGAAGAAGAGCAAAGACAUCCGGAUCAAGUAUGGGAAUGGGAAAAAGAUUUCCAGACUGCAGUUCAACAAGGUGAAGCUUGAAGAUGCUGGGGAGUACAGCUGCGAAGCCGAGAACGUUUUAGGGAAAGACACCGCAAAAGGCAGCCUGAAUGUGAAAAGUGGAACAACGAAAGCACCACAAGUCUUACCAGCCUCAGAAACUAAAAUAGUUGUUAUGGAAGAAGAGUUAACCACAACUCUCUCCUCCUGGUCCGGGCAUGCCAGAAAAUGCAACGAAACAGCCAAGUCCUAUUGUGUCAAUGGAGGGGUGUGCUACUACAUCGAGGGGAUUAAUCAGCUGUCGUGCAAAUGUCCAAAUGGAUUCUUCGGACAGAGAUGUUUGGAGAAACUGCCUUUGCGAUUGUACAUGCCAGAUCCUAAGCAAAAAGCAGAGGAGCUCUACCAGAAGAGGGUUUUGACCAUCACGGGAAUCUGUGUUGCCUUGCUUGUGGUGGGCAUCGUCUGUGUGGUAGCUUACUGUAAAACCAAGAAACAAAGAAAACAAAUGCAUAACCACUUGCGGCAGAACAUGUGUCCAGCUCAUCAGAACCGGAGCCUUGCGAACGGGCCAAGCCAUCCACGUUUGGAUCCUGAGGAAAUCCAAAUGGCUGAUUAUAUUUCUAAGAACGUUUCUGCCACCGAGCACGUGAUCCGAAGGGAAACAGAGACAACCUUUUCAGGAAGUCACUCCUGCUCCCCAUCUCAUCACUGCUCCACAGCCACUCCAACGUCCAGCCAGAGACAUGAAAGCCACACCUGGAGCUUGGAGCGAACAGAGAGCCUGACUUCAGAUUCCCAGUCUGGGAUAAUGCUGUCCUCGGUGGGAACCAGCAAAUGCAACAGCCCUGCGUGCGUGGAGGCGCGGGCUCGCCGCGGGGCCACCUUCUGCAUCGAGGACCAGCGGAGGCCCACGACGCAGUACCGCGACUCCGUGGAUUCCCUGCGGGACUCGCCCCACAGCGAGAGGUACGUGUCGGCCCUGACCACACCAGCACGCCUGUCGCCCGUUGACUUCCACUACUCGAUGACCACGCAGGUGCCCACCUUCGAGAUCACCUCCCCGAACUCGGCGCACGCCGUGUCCCUGCCGCCGGCGGCCCCCAUCAGCUUCCGCGUGGAGGAGCAGCAGCCCCUCCUGCGGCGGUACCAGCUGCCCUUCCAGGACACGCAGAGGUACGACAGCUACUACCAAAGGAAGACCUACCUAAACGACAGCAUGGGGAGCCUGCCCUCCAGCCCCUUCCGCAUCACAGAGGACGACGAGUACGAGACGACGCAGGAGUACGUCACAGCGCUAGAGCAGCCAAAGAAAACAGCCAGCAGCAACAGGCGGUGGAAAAAAUCCAAACUGAACGGGCACAUCCCUCACAGAGCCAGAGCCGUCCGGGACUCCUUCUCCUUGAGCAGCGCCUCUUACAGCGAGUCUGACGAGGAGCUGGUGGCCGAGAGCACCCCGUUCCUAAGCACUCAGAACAAUGAGGCGGCGCACACGGAGUCGCCGCCGCUGCACCGGCCGGGCGACAGCCGGACUCACUACUCGUGCCGCGGGCACGGCGCGCACGAGGGCGGCCGCGGCAGCCUGGCGCACGUGGCGCCCAAAGCGGACCCCGACCCUCUCUAGGCGCCUCUCCCGCCGUGAACCACGUGGAGGAGGCCGAGGCGAGGCGGGAAAAAAAAAACAAC